AUGCCUUCGCGCCCAGCGACGCGGGGAGCCGGAAGGGCGUCGGGCUCGUGGGCAGGCCUUUUCAGCGCAGCUCGUGACGGGGCGCACGCCCAGGCGUGUUGUGGGGAGGGCGACAAGGCGCCGAAGCCCAACAAGUUGGUCUCGCAGACGCUGCUGGAUGUGCGGCAACGCAUCCUUGACGAGGUAAAGGUAAGUAAAGCUGCCAGCAGUAAGCUCCGCCAGGCGCAUCGCCGGCGGGCGUGGGAAAUGGCCUUUGGGCAGCCAGGCGGAGAUGAGGUGGAGGUCUCGACGAUAGAAAUUUCCCUCAUCUGCCCUUAUUCCCGCGUGGCACUGCGGUACCCGGUGCGAAGCAGAGAUUGCCAGCAUCUUCAGUGCUGCGACUUGGAGUCGUGGAUCGCGCUGCUCGACAAGUAUCGCUCCAUGCGCGACCCGAGGGCGCCGUGCCCCGUGUGUGAGAGGCGCGUGGCGGCCUCGACGCUGGAGAUGGACUGCUGGCAGCUGUACGUCCUGUCACAGAUGCCUCCGGGGACGCAUAUGCUUGUGCUGGACCCCGACGGAAGCUAUCGCAGCGGUGAUGCUUCACGCGAGCAAAAGAGGCAGCAAGUGACAGAGAUAAUAGAACCGACACAGGCGCCAAAUGAAGCCGGCGACAUUGUGUCUCUAACGUCUUCCACCGGGUCUGCAUCCCCAGCCCCAAUAGCGUCAGAUGUUAGACUCGCCCAUGUCAAACGGGAGCGACACUCGGAGGAAGCCCCGGAUCCUUCUUCCCUGGGCUUCUCCACGACUUGUUUUUCUCCGACGCACAACGAGGAGGAGGAGGAGGAGGUUUGCGUCGUACAUUACUUGGAGCCUGCAUCGAUGGCCCGGGUUUUGCCUAGCCAGGCCCGCCACUGGGUGGCGCACUGCCCUCGCUGCACCAGGACGCUGCUCAAGAGCGAGGGGGGCGAGGUGGAGGGCUGCGCUGAAUGUGGCUUGGAGAGGGAGGACUGGACCCUCGUGCGGAGCUUUCCAGGCUCGUCCCUCUCCCUGGAGUUGACGCGUGAUGGCACGUUGAUCCUCGGCGGGGCGGAUGCCUUGGCGCCCCACUUGAUACGCGCCGGAUUCUUCCGCGCCAUCUACGUGGAUGGCGACGGCGCCGUUGGCCCGCGCACGGGAGCCGGCGUCUGGUACACCACCGCCUCCCUCACCCGCUACGAAUUGGAUUUCUUGGAGGCAUGUUGCCAGCGCCUGGCCUGCGGAGAAACAGUGGAGGAGAUGCCGUCCGUCCCUGCCCUCUUCCGCAUCCCCCGGCGACGUUUCGCCAGGCGGGAAACGACCUUCACGCAGUUGACUCACCCAAGUCCCAGCGGGUGA